AUAAAGUCAUACCCACUUCUUCCACAAUGACCACAACAAAUGACCAAGCAUGAACUAAAGUGCCAGAUUUGAUUGUGGUGGGACAUCUUUCACUGAGAAAUAACUAAAAUGGAACAUAAUGAGUCUGCUUCCAAUGCUGAUAAAAUCCACCAAAAUCGCCUGUCAAGCAUUACAGAAGACGAAGACCAAGACGCCGCUCUUACCAUUGUGACGGUGCUGGACAAAGUAGCCACCAUUGUGGACAGUGUGCAGGCAAGCCAGAAGAGACUAGAGGAAAGGCAUAGGGAAAUGGAAAAUGCCAUAAAAUCUGUCCAGAUUGACCUGUUGAAGCUUUCCCAGUCACACAGCAAUACAGGCUAUGUCAUUAACAAGUUGUUUGAGAAAACUCGAAAAGUCAGUGCUCACAUUAAAGAUGUGAAGGCCCGGGUGGAGAGGCAACAGGUUCAUGUGAAAAAUGUUGAAUCCAAGCAAGAGGAAAUAAUGAAAAAAAACAAAUUCCGUGUGGUGAUCUUCCAGGAGGAGAUUCGGUGUCCAACAUCCCUGUCUAUUGUCAAGGACAGAAGCCUAACUGAGAAUCAAGAGGUCGAGGACGAUGUCUUUGACCCUCCAAUAGAUCUAUCUUCAGACGAAGAAUAUUAUGUGGAAGAAAGCAAAUCUGCCAGGCUUAGAAAGUCAGGCAAGGAGCGCAUUGACAACAUCAAAAAGGCAUUUUCCAAAGAAAACAUGCAGAAGACACGGCAAAAUUUUGACAAGAAAGUGAACAGAAUUAGAACUAGAAUAGUGACCCCGGAGAGGAGAGAAAGGCUAAGGCAGUCAGGAGAGAGGUUAAGGCAGUCAGGAGAGAGGCUGAAACAGUCAGGUGAAAGGUUUAAGAAAUCAAUUUCUAAUGCAGCUCCCUCAAGGGAAGCUUUUAAGAUGCGUAGCCUUCGGAAAGCGAAGGACCAAACCGUGGCGGGCGACAUGGAGGAGGUCAGGGAGAUGGGUGUGGACAUCAUUGCCAGGAGUGAGUCUCUGGGUCCCAUCAGUGAGAUCUACACUGAUGAGCUCAGUGAGACAGACCAUGAGGAGGCCAGGGCGGCGUAUCCUCCCAGAGAAGGGGGAGAGAUUUCGACCCCUGAGCCUUUAAAAGUUACUUUUAAACCCCAGGUAAAAGUGGAGGAUGAUGAGUCUCUUUUGCUAGAUUUAAAGCAGUAAUCAUUAAGAGGAACUAAGCAUAUUAUAAAUAUAAAUCUCCUUAAUCACAGGUUCUAGUUUAAAUGAUAUAGUCAUUUACAUUGAUAGCAUAGUAUAGUCAUUUACUUUUACAAUAGUCAUGUUUAUGUGUCUAUAGGAAAACAUGGAUGACACGGCUGGUUUCAUUUCUGAUGUUUAAAAUUUUAAAGGUAAUACAAGUAUUCUCUACAUUUCCUUAUAACUUCCUUUUUCUCCCCUGGGCUUGUAUGAUUCUAUCAACUCUCUCUUUUAUGUCAUUCUUACGGCAGCUGUGGAUUUUUAAGUUCUUUUCUCUUACCCAGCAGGAAAGUAGUUUCCUAGUGAGGGCCAAUUAGGUGUUUGGUGUCUAAAACAUAGGAAGGGCAAUUUGUAGCCAUCAUUUGCAAGUGAACUUUCAGUUUUGGUCUAGAUGGAUGUUGUGGCCAAGCUCCAAGGGGAAUAACCCAUGUGGAUUAUAUCAUCCAUAUGUUCAAAUAGAUUCAUCAGUAAAUUAGUAGUCAUUUCUUUUUGAUGCUUUUGCUUAAAAAAAAAAAUGAAGUUCUGGACUUGAGCAUUUGAUCUGGCAUUAUAGCUCUGUUAUACCAAGCCCCUCGGCAAGACACCUGCUAAUACGCUCAUCAGUAAAAUGGAGAGUGUUAGUCUAUCCCAUCUCAGAAGACUGUUGUGAAGAUCAAAGGAAAUGUUAUACAUUCUGGGGGUACAGGGAGCAAGCACAUUCAGAGAAAACAAACCCCACUGGUUCCUCAGGAACAGAAUUGUAAUAAUUACACCUUCUAAAAAAGACUUGAGCACCAAGCAUUGAGGACCUAGGUUGGACAGAAGCUCAAGUUGGUCUUCAGAAGCCUUUUCAUAGACUAAGGGAUAAAAAAUAUUUGAGUAGCAUCUUUUUUUUGUCAAAGACUAAAACCCAACCUUGGGUAGGGUCUUAAAAUGCUUUCUGGAAACUCCUUUUCUAAUUUUCUGUUGAUUUAGAUCUAUGGUAGACUAGAGCAAUCUUUGGGCAGCAUGAAGUGUAAAACUAUGACUGUGUGCUUUCAAGAGGAUUUUCUAAAAUCUUUCCUGAUGAAAUGGGUUUGGAAAUGGCCUCAUGUUUCUUUUUUCCAGAGUGAACCCCUCAGGGCCUGCCUGUCCAAAACAGUGAUCAUAGGAAUUCAUCAUUGCUGGUUUGGGAGGAAGCCAGAUUGCACUUAACCAUUAGCUUUAUAUCUAGCCAAUCUGGAAGUAGAUAUUAUUGCUGACAUGAAAAAUUGUCAUACUGGUUCUACACUUCUGGUAUGUUUAUAUCUCCAUUUUUUUUGUAAUGGGGAAGAAAUGAUGGAAUUGUUGAGUUUGAAGAGUGUAGACAAGCAGCUGUCAUCAAUUUUGGGUGCUCAUAGCGUAUUUAAAAAUUGUAAUCAACUUACACAGACAGAUACAAAUAAGCUUAGAGUAUUUGACUUGGUUACCCAGAUAUUUGGUUUUGGGAGUUUGAUUCAGUAUCAUUUCCUUCUUCACUCUACAUGAAUACAUAAAAUCAUGAAUUGUUCAUCUCGAUUAUCUUUUUAUAUUGAAAACUAAAGCGUUUAUAACAUUCUUUGAAAAGAAUAAUUUAAAAAAUGUUAUAGUGUAGAAAGAGCUUGGAUGCCUAGUCACGUAUUCCCUUAAAGCCAUAAUAAAUUUGAAUUUUAAAAAGGUAAA